AUGCAAACAAUUAAAUGUGUGAUUGUAGGAGAUGGUGCUGUUGGAAAAACUUGCAUGUUGGUUAGCUAUACUACAAAUGCUUUUCCAGGAGAAUAUAUACCAACAGUAUUUGAUAAUUUUACAGCAAAUGUAAUGGUGGAUGGAAAACCAAUUAGCAUGGCACUUUGGGAUACAGCUGGACAAGAAGAUUAUGAUAGAUUAAGGCCACUUUCAUAUCCACAAACUGAUGUUUUCCUGAUUUGUUUCUCACUGGUUAGUCCAUCUUCAUUAGAUAAUGUAAAAAACAAGUGGGUUCCAGAGAUUAUUCAUCACGCCCCAAACGUUCCAUUUUUACUAGUGGGCACUAAGUUUGAUCUUCGUGAUGAUAAAGCCACGAUAUUAAAAUUACGUCAAAAAAAUCAAGCUCCAAUUUCUUUUGCAGAAGGACUUCAAAUGGCAAAAGACAUUGGUGCAGCAAAAUAUGUAGAAUGUUCGGCACUGACACAAAUGGGGUUAAAAUCGGUAUUUGAUGAAGCAAUAAGAGCAGUCCUUACUCCUAUCUUGAUUAAAAAAUAUAGGCGUAAAUGUAUAAUAUUAUGA